CAUAUGGAUUCUCGAAGAGUGAAGACACUUGAUCAAACCCAGUGCAGACACAUGGCUGCAGCCAACAAAAGAAAUUACCAGAACAUGCACCCCGCCACCUGUAUCUAUUGAGAGCCCUUCAACUUCACUAUAUCUACCACUUCUAAAAUCAUAUACGUACACUCCUGAAAUCUCCAUAGGAUCAUAAAACCGACGUUAGAGGAGAUAUCGGUCAGCUGGAGUUCGGUCAUCGUUCGGAAAAAUUGCGGAAGUAUGAGUCAGGAGCAGCCAACCCACCAGCAUCAGGAGCCCAUCAAGUACAGGGAUAUAUUCAACGUGACUGGGGGGCUGACGGCCAAGCCAAUCGCGCCUCAAGAUGCUGCCGCUGCCCGGGCAGCCGAGACCAGGGUGAUGGGGCAGGUCCAGAGGGGCGGAGUAGCAGCUGUCAUGCAGUCGGCGGCGGAUUCGAACGUAAAGGCUGGCCUCCUUAAUCCGGACGACAGCAGAGAGGAGGGUGUGUCCAUAUCGGAGUUCAAUGUUGAUGGAAAACGUGUUUUCGUUGAGACUGUCGGUGGACAGGUUUUGGGACAAUAUGUGGAACCUCCCUCAGUAAAGACAGCGCCUCCAGAAAAAGUGCUUGCUCAGGGUGCCAAAACUAUUGGGCAAGCGCUGGAAUCGGCUGCUUGCUCUGCUGGGGACAAACCAGUAGAUCAGAGUGACGCAGCUGCCAUACAAGCGGCUGAGGGAAGAGCCAUCAGCCGCAUCGAGACAGUCCCGGGGACCCUUACUGCCGCAGCCCAGGCAGCUGCUGCUCACAAUUCACGCAUACUUCCGUACGAACAAAAGACUAAGCUGUCUGCUGUUUUGAAGGGCGCAACAGGUAAGUUACUAGUCGACAAACCGGUGACAGCCGAGGAUGCAGAAGCGGUGAUAGGGGCAGAGUUGAGGAAUAAACCAACGAUGACCACAACACCUGGUGGAGUGGCCGAGUCUAUAGCAGAGGCUGCGAGGCAGAACCAAAGCAAGGUAUCAUCAUUCGCAUGCAACCCGUCUGAAUGAAAAUUAACGGAGCAGUAGUCAUGUUGGCCAGUUCACGAUAAGGGAUUCCAGUAGUACGUAUGACUCAUAGAGGCAUGAACAUCUGUGAUAGUUACAUGAGCUGUGGCCUAUGUAUCCGAUAUAGUUACCGAUAUGAAAUGUGACUUAUGUACGUCUAUAUCGUUGCAAAUUACAUGGAGUGGGAGAUUUGGAGACAGAAUGACAGGAUAAGUUAUCCAAUUAAUA